AUGUCAAAAUUGAUAACCGUGUUUGGGGCCACUGGAAAUCAGGGUGGCUCAGUGAUUCGAACUAUUCUGAAUGACCCUGUGUUGUCUCAGGAAUUCCGAAUCCGCGCCGUGACACGAGAUUUGACUAAACCCGGAGCGAAAGCUCUAGCUACGGAAAAUGUGGACGUUGUGCAAGGAGAUAUGAGUUCUGCUGAGGAUGUCGCUAGAUUAGUUCAUGAAGCGCACACCGUUUUUCUCGUUACCAACUUUUGGGAAUCGAUGUCUGCAGAACCGGAAAUCCUUCAAGGCAAGAUGGUCACAGACGCUUGUAAGAAAGCGGAUGUCAAGCAUCUCAUAUUUUCUUCCCUUAUCGAUGCGUCAAUCGCAUCCAAUGGUCGUCUGGUGAAUAUUACUCACUUUGAUGGGAAGGCCUCCGUGGAACGAUAUAUCCGCGAAAGUGGUCUCACAGCCAGCUUCGUCAUGCUAGGUAUUUUUAUGACUGAAAUGCAUACCAUGAUUCAGAAGCAAGAAGAUGGCAGCUUCAUUUUGCCGAUACCAGUAUCAUCAAGUGCAGUUGCUCCCUUCAUUGAUGCUGGAACAGACACCGGCAACUUUGUACGUGCUGCUCUCAACAAUCCGCCACAGACCAAUUCUCAAGUUAUCUACGCAGCCAGCGACUAUUAUAGUUUUGAUGAUCUCGCGCGGGACUUUGAAAGCGUGAUUGGUGCACCACUGUCGAUUAUAACAGUUCCCAGUGAGACAUUCAAGGCUACGCUUUCCACAUUCUUGCCACCAAACAUGGCUGAAGAGAUAUUCGAGAACUUGAUCCUGCUCGAGGAUCCGGGAUAUUAUGCAGGUGCCAGUCUGGCCUCAAGUCUCAGUCUAUUAUCGGAUAAGCCUGUGAGCUUAGUGGACUUCCUUACGCAAAACAAGUCCAAGUGGUGUUAG